UUGUUUUACUUGAAAAUUGGCGCUUUCAUUUCUUAUUAGUACAUUUGAAGAUUUGCUUUUAUUGUCGAAAUCAAAUAUUAGUUUUGUUAUUUAGUAUCUUACGAUUGUUGUUCCCUUGCUUUAAAUAUCAUUUGAAACAUGAAGUUUAUCCUUUUGUCAAUCGCUAUUAUUUUAACGAAAUUUGAGGUUUUUGGCCAACAAACUCCAAAGGUGAACCCAUUUAUGCCAUUGAUUAAACCUUUGAUUGGAGGUAAAACAUCAUUCACGUGUCAAAGUCUAUCUGGAUCACCUCCGAUUCAAAUCAAAUGGUUCAAAGACGGAAAAGAGCUUCAUGAUUCACCUUAUAUAAGAAUCAGAUCAAAUGAAGAACCAUCGACUUUAGCGAUUGAUCAAAUUACUUCAAGUCAUUCAGGAAAUUAUACUUGUAAGAUAUCAAAUAGACAUGGAGAGGAUUCUCAUACCACCGAGUUACUUGUUGAAGGACCACCUCAAUGGUUAAUUAAACCAGAAAAUUUAAAAUUAUCACUUGGAGAAAGAGCAACAAUCAAAUGUUCUGGUAUUAGUUAUCCAAGACCAAAGACAAUAUGGAAAAUGAAACAAGACUCACAGUGGAUCACAAUUGAUAAAUUAAACUCAUAUGAUGUGGAAAUUGUUGAAAAUGAGCUAAUCAUCACCAAGGCAGGGAAACAACACUCGGGUUCCUAUGGAUGUUUGAUUACCAAUAACAUAGAACCAAAUGUUUGGAGUGAAUUUAGUAUUUCGAUUGAUGGUCCAAAAGUGAAUCCAUUUACAUCAUCGAUAAAGCCUGUGGUCGGUGGGAAAACCUCAUUAUCUUGUCAAAGUUUAUUUGGAUCUCCACCACUCGAAAUUAGUUGGCUUAAAGAUGGAAAGGAAAUCUCUGAUUCCAAUUCGAUUAAGAUCAAAACAAUUGAUGAAUCUUCUAUUCUUAUAAUUGAUUCAAUCACAUCAUCUCAUUCAGGAAACUAUUCUUGUAUAAUAUCCAAUAGAUAUGGUCAAGAUUCAUACUCAACUCAAUUGAUCAUUGAAGGUCCACCUCAAUGGUUGAUUAAACCUGAAGAUAUUAAAGCAAAAGUGGGUGAAAAAUUAUCAAUCAAUUGUGUUGCCUCUGGUUAUCCUAUUCCAAUGAGUCAGUGGAAAGUUCAUCAAGGAAAUAAUUGGAUUGGUAUAGAACAGUCGAGAUUAUCAGAUUAUAAAAUCACUGGGAAUCAACUGAUUAUUACGAAAACAAAUCGACAACAUGCUGGAAAGUUUGGUUGUUCAGUCUCGAAUAAUAUUGAACCGAAUCUUUGGAAAGAGUUUCAAUUAUCAAUCACCGGUCCAAAAGUGAAUCCAUUUGCUGCAUUGAUUAAACCAGUGGUUGGAGGAAAAACAUCAUUCGCUUGUCAAGCUCUUUCAGGAUCAUUGCCUUUGUCUUUUAUCUGGUUCAAAGAUGGAAAAGAAAUCAAGGAAAUGUCACCAAUUAGGAUCAGAGAAAAUGAAGAUAUGUCAACUUUGUUUAUCGAUUCAAUUUCUUCAAAUCAUUCAGGAAAUUAUACUUGUAGAAUCUCCAAUAGAUUUGGUUGGGAUGAGUUUUCAAUCGAGUUGAACAUUGAAGGGCCACCCUUUUGGAAAGAAAAACCCGAAAAUAUAAAAAUUCACAUGGGUGAUAGUGUUUCGGUCAAAUGUUCAGCUCUUGGUUUUCCAAGACCUAAAGUUAUUUGGCAAAGAUACAAAGAAUCCCUUUGGACUCCAAUUGAUAAACAUGAAUCAACAAUAGAAUCAAAUUCUGAUGAAUUAAUAAUCAGAAAAGGUUAUUCGAACCACUCAGGUCAAUAUGCUUGUUACAUAAGCAACGGAAUUGAACCUGAUUUAAGACACGAAUUUUCAAUCUCAAUUGAUGAUGCUCCAAAGAUCAGUCCUUUUACAUUUCCACCCAAUCCUGUUAUCGGCCGUACCACACUCGUUUAUUGCUUAACCGAAAUCGGUACACCACCAAUCAAGUAUCAAUGGUUUCGUAAUAAUCAACUGAUUAAUUCAAAUGAUGGAAUAACUUUAACUGUUGAACCAGUUUCUAAUGCACUUGGACUUGUCAUACAAUCAGUGUCACCAAAACAUUCAGCCAAUUAUACCUGUGUUGCUAGUAACCCUUUUGGUGAAGAUUCAUUUACUGCACAAUUGAAUAUCAAAGGACCACCAAUCUGGGUUAAUACCUCAUCUGAUUACAAAGCUCGUUCUGGUUCUGACAUUGAAUUACAAUGUUCAGCUGAAGGUUUUCCAACUCCUCUAAUCAAAUGGACCAAAAAGGAUGGACAAAUUAGAUCAAAGGAAUCACCACCAAUCGGAUCAAAAUUAUCCUUAAAAAACGUAAACAAACGAGAUGAAGGUUCAUAUGAAUGUAUUGCCACCAAUCAGUUAGGAUCAAUUGUCAAGUCAAUCAUGGUUCUUGUUUCUGGCGGUUCGAAAUUUGAUAAAAUGUUAACCAUCAUUUUACUACAAUUCAUCUUCAUUUACAGUGUAAAUGCAUCAGGUCAACCUAAAAUUCAGCCUUUCACCUUUCCAGCUGAGAUUCCAAUUAAUCAACCUCUUUUAGCAACUUAUUGUUACGCUUUGGAAGGAGAAAAACCAAUUCACUUUGAAUGGUUAAAAGAUGGACAAUCAAUCAAUCAGAAUCGUGAUAAUGUUAUUCGUAAUCAUGAUAUGGGCUCAUUAUUGGAACUGAGAAAUCUGAAAAGAGAUCACAUCGGAAAUUAUACUUGUCUUGCUCGUAAUCACAUUGGAACUGAUUCAUUCACUUCGACUCUUUUGAUGAAAGUUCCAGUUGAUUGGGUUCAUGAGCCUCAAGAUGCUGAUCUUGUCUCUGGACAGAAAGUAAACAUUUCAUGUUCAGCUUUUGGUUAUCCGAUUCCUAAAAUCAGCUGGAGAUUUAAAAAUAAUCUUGAUGAACUUUUAAUUACCUCUGAUUAUUAUUCUUCCUCUUUAACUUUUAAUCCAAUCUCUUUAUCCAAUUCAGGGAAAUAUGAAUGCAAAGCUGAGAACGAUAAUGGUUCUCCUUUGAUUAAAUUAAUCACAAUUAAUGUUGUUGUUCCCGCUGAAUUCAAGGAGAAAAAUGUUGCAAUUUCGGCGAAAAAGGGAAAUCUCUUGGAAUUAACUUGUUCAGCCGAUGGAGAUCAACCAGUGACAAUCAAAUGGUUCAAAGAUUCAACUCCAAUUGAUAAAGUCGAUCCCUCGAGAUAUUCAAUCACCGAUGCUCCAAAUAAAGAAGGAACUAAAAGUAUCAUGACCGUUUCAUCAGCUGAUGUGAAAGAUGAUGGACUUUACCAUUGUUUUGCUGAAAAUUCGUUUGGAAAAGAUGAGAGGAAAAUUCGAGUAACCAUAAUUGAACCUCCACCUGCACCUACGAAUUUUGCUGUUCAACAAGUUUGGUCUCGAACUGUUCGAGUUUCUUGGUCUAAACCAUUGGAUAGUAAAACAUCAAUUCUCAGCUAUUUGAUUAGAUAUUGGAAAGUUUCAUCAACCGGUGUUAACGAUCGUCUCAAUGAAGUCAAUGUUUCAUCAUCUCUAUCAGUUCACCUGGUUAAAGAUCUUGAACCAGGAAGUCAUUACGAGGCUUCAAUAAUUGCAGUCAAUGAAGUUGGAUUAGGACCAGCAUCGGCUAAAGUGACAUUCAUCACCGGUGAAGAAGAGCCCACUGGAGCUCCAGUUGAUCUUCAUGUCAUUUCAAGAGGACCAACAACAGCUCGAAUAGCCUGGCGAUCACCUUUAAGAAAUACUUGGAAUGGUAAAUUGCUUGGAUUUUACGUUGGAUAUCGACUAUUUGAUAAUUACAAGACUCCACAUUCAUUUCGAACGGUAUCAAUGAUCCAAUCAAAUGCUUCUCAUCAUGAAUAUUUCUUGUCAUCUCUGCUCAAAGGAUCCAAAUAUUCAAUCAUUGUGAAAGCCUACAAUUCUGCUGGAACUGGACCGGAAACUCAAGAGGUCACCGUUGAAACUUUAGCUGGUGAUGUACCACCAUCACCUCGACUAUUUGUUUCAUCAGCGACAAUUGACUCUAUCACUUUAGGAUAUUCAAUUCCUUUGGCUGGAUCUAAAAUACAGAAUCUUGAUCUACAUUUCAAGGAAGGCGAUGAUGUCACUUGGCGGGAAAUGGACUUCUUUGUCGAGAAUAAAGAAUCUGGUCAAUAUACUUUGACAUCUCUUAAUCCGGACACUGUUUACACAAUUUAUCUAACUGCUACAAACGAAAAUGGCAUUUCUGAUCCAAGUCACAUUAUCAAAACACGAACCUUACGAAUACACCGAGAAACAUAUGCUGUUGGUUCAAUUUUCGAUCCAUCUAGUGGUGGUCAGUUCGGUGAUUAUCGUGAUUUUGUCUCAAUCUUAUCAAUCAUCAUCGCCGUGGUCAUUAUUGUCAUUGUCAUUGUUUUCGCUUUUGUUUAUGUGAGAAAAGUUCAACUCGACGCUGCAACCAAGCCCAAUUUUGAGUUCGCUUUGGCUACAGGAACUCUCCAACUAAACAAAUCGAUUCCUAACUUUGGGACUGAGAGACGAUUCAUCGACGGUGACAAUAAUAAGCCUUUGAUGCAUGGAACAAUCAACCUUGACCAUACUAAUCAAUUACCUGUUGCUUACUCGAAUUCACCACCAGAAAAUCGACAUUCAAAGAUGAUUGAUCCAACUCACGUAUAUGAUUGGCCUCGAUAAAUCAAUUGACUUAAUCGCCAAUUGAACUGCCAACUAUUCACAGUAACAGUAAACUUCCAAUUAGCUGUUACUUUAUUUACCCUUUUAUCAUUUACAAUUUUAAUUGUAUUGAAUUUCUUACAAUUAUUUAAGAUCUCAUUGACUUUCCAUCUUUUCAUAUUUAAAUUGUAGUUUUAAUCUUUGCACUUUUAUGCUUUUAGCUUGUUAAUUAGUUUUUACAAACAUUUGAAUUGUCAAGAUAGUUGAUGUAUUAACUGUAUCUGCGCCAAUUGAUAAUUUAGUCUAGAUUAAUUUAGUCAACAUUUAAUUAUCCAAUCGAUUUGACAUUUAAAUGUAUUAAUUAUCCAUAACUCAUUCAAUAUCUUGAACUUCAUAUGUUCUUGUCACUUGUUUGUUUAAUUUGCUCAAUUUCUCAUUUACAUUAAAUCCUUUCAUCUCCCAAUUAAUCAAAUACAUGUAGUAACUUGUUUAAUUUAAUACAAGAAUAUGAUCAAGUUACUUUAUCGAAUCAGAUUACAGAUUUUUCAUCGACAUCAUCGACUUGUUUGGACCAUGUGAAUGAUUUAAUUGCUUGUUCUGUGGAUGAUAUUCUUUGGGUUAUUGAUGUUGACAAUUUACCAUAAAUGAAUAAAGGAAAAGCGAAUCCAAUUAAAAGUCCAAUCGUCAUAAACAA